UAAUGAGAACGAAGAGCAUCCUGUAGCAAGCUGCAAACUUGCAAAAACUAUUGCCUUGCGUUGCACCGCUCUCUCUCUCUCUCUACAGAGGGUCUGUUAGCAUGCACCGCUUCUCUCUCUAACGAACAAGAAUAACACAAAAAAAAGGUGUAGAAAAGCCAAAGCAAAAGGGCCACCUGUUGGUUCAUUCCAUAAACCACCAGUGCCACUUGUGAUCAAGAAUUUUGUUAGAGAGAAAACCCUUCAAAAAUAUUGGACCUGUCUCUCUCUCUCAUCAAAUUCCUACCAUUUGGGUUUGUUGCUGAGAUCGUUCCAUUGAAUCGUAUGCAGGCACUUACGUUGAGAGAAUCUCUCUAGAUUUUACACAAAGAUUAGCCAAAUCCGAAAAGAUAGAAAAGGGGCCCUUUCUUGAUUGUCACUAUAUUUAUUAGAGAUAUAUAGAUUGGGUUUUAUGCUUGAAGAAAGAGAGACGUGAAAAAGCAGUGCCAUUUAAUACCUUUGAGUCUCAAUUCUUUUCUGCUUUGCGCUUUCUUCAAUCUUUUCCUUUCUUCUUGUUAAUUUUUAAGCCUUAAUCGUUUUUUGGAGUGGUUUGAGCCAAUGGCUGCUGGGGCAGAGGUGUUUGGUGAAGCAGCAGUUUUGAAAAUGGAGUCACCUGCUGCUGCAGUCGAGCCUUCGUCACCUAAAAUUAACGUAGAAAAUUUUGGUAAUUCUAAGUCUGAGAACUCUGAUGAUGUUAACGAUUCUGGUUUGAAUUCGGAUGUGGAUUCGAAAUCGGAAUUGCGAAUGAAGGAAAUUGUUGAUAUGUUGAAGAAACUGGAGCUGAAUCCCUUGGCCAAGGAGUUCUUUCCUUCCUCGUAUCACCAGAACCACAAUGUUGCUUACAUUUCGCCUGUGAAUUUCGGAAAUGGUGGUUUCUCAAAUCACACACGGAGAAGAAAUAACUACGACCAGGGUAAGAAGAGAAUGAGCGGCAGAGCUUUUAAAGCUCAAAGAGAAGAAAGUAUUAGACGAACUGUGUAUGUCUCAGAAGUUGAUCACAAUAUCUCCGAGGAGCAGCUGGCUGCAUUAUUCAGCAACUUUGGACAGGUGGCCGAUUGUCGAGUUUGUGGUGAUCCACACUCCAAUCUUCGCUUUGCUUUUGUAGAAUUUUCCGAUGAGUAUUCUGCUAGAGCUGCUCUGGUUCUCAAUGGUACAGUGUUGGGCUUCUCUACUGUAAAGGUUUUGCCUUCUAAAACAGCCAUUCUUCCUGUGAACCCAACAUUUCUUCCCCAGUCAGAGGAUGAACGCGAGAUGUGUGCUCGGACAGUCUACUGCACUAACAUUGAUAAGAAGGUUUCUCAAGUUGAUGUCAAGAAUUUCUUUGAAGCAAGAUGUGGUGAGGUCUCUCGCAUAAGGCUCUUAGGCGACCAGUUGCACUUGACGCAAAUUGCUUUUGUUGAAUUUGAAAUGGCUGAGAGCGCUUUACUGGCCCUUGAUUGUUGUGGUGAGAUUCUGGGUUCCCAACGGAUCAGGAUUAGUCCUUCGAAAACACCUGUGAGGCCACGGGCUUCUCGCCUAGGAAUGGAAUACUCACACUAACACAAGUUUCUCAUGUGAGAUGGAAGUCUGAGGGGACGUCAAAACUGAAGUGAUGCUAAAUCACUUGCCUUUGUUUAUGGGAAACAAUAGUUUUUCUUGCCUGCUGGCUGCUGCUGGAUAUAGUCCUUUACAACACCGCGAUGCCAAAUUUACUUUCUUUUACAUUUUAAUUAUUAUGUAGUGCUACUAUAACAGCAAUCGAACUUUUCUAGGCUAAUUUGCAGAAGAAGAGUGCAAGCUUGAGGUAAAUUGUGCUAAAGUUUUUUGAGAUGGAUCUCAACAGUCAAUGUGCAUAAAUAAAGAAUUUGUCCGAAGGGGACCUGUGAUUGA